AUGGAGCAAUCUAAGGAUUUCAAAUCGCUUCAGGACAACAUUCAGAAGUCACUUGUCUCGACAAUCAAGACCGUGAAUCGCAUUGCCGCCGAAGAUCUGAGCUUCCAGCGUACAGUCAACCCUAACGUCGCCCAACAACUCGAAGAUCGGACCUCGCGAAUCCUCGAACUUUCUACACGGCUACUACAGUCAGCUGGGAAGGCAUGCAGCGUCAAGGCGCCCAAGCUUGAGGAUGUGGAGGACAUCGAGAUGAAUUGGAGAAGCGUGGUUGAUGUCGUCGAUUCCUCGCUCGAAAAGGCCGAUACAGCGUUGGAUGAGUAUACAGGGCUUGUCAAGAGAAAGGAGCCCCCAGUGUCUGAUUCGGCGAACAAGCCCAAGAAGCCCAAAUCAACGAACAAGGUUAUCCGAAACGCCAACAUCUCCAAGCCUCAAGUCCUUUUCGAACGAAAGCCCGACAAUUUCACCCCUCCACCAUGGAAGCCAAUGCUUACAUCGAAACCAAACGCAAAGUUGUCUCUGGAAGAAAGUCUCAACGUGGUGCCUAACGAAAAUGGCACGCCAUACCAACAUCCCUAUGAACACGAGAUUGUUCGCAUGACAUACCCAAAACGAGUUCUCAAAGAAGCUGAGCCCAUCAUGUAUCAACCCGUGGAAACAACCGAAGCAACCUUCGUCGACACCUACGAGGGCGUUCUAGAGAUGCUCGAAGAACUGAAAGAGGCAAAAGAGAUCGCAGUGGAUCUGGAACAUCACGACUUCAGAACAUACGUCGGGCUUGUGUCCCUUAUGCAGAUCAGCACACGAGAGAAGGACUGGAUCGUGGACACUCUACAGCCUUGGCGCCACAAUCUCGAGGUUUUGAAUGAAGUCUUUACUAAUCCCAAAAUUGUCAAGGUCUUCCACGGUGCGUACAUGGACAUGGUCUGGCUGCAGCGAGAUUUAGGACUCUACGUGAAUGGUCUUUUCGAUACAUUCUUUGCUUGCGAGCAGCUUCACUACCCAGCCAAGAGUUUGGCCUAUUUGCUGUCCAAGUUUGUCAAUUUUGAUGCAGACAAGCAAUACCAGUUGGCAGACUGGAGAAUAAGGCCACUGCCCGAGGAGAUGAUGUACUAUGCUCGAUCCGAUACUCACUACCUGCUCUACAUCUACGAUCGAGUACGAAACGAGCUUAUCGCCGCCUCUGAUAAAACCAACCUCGACAAAGAUUACAUAGGUCGAGCGCUUGAGAAAUCUAGAGAGCAGUCACUCUCUCGCUACGAACAUCCCGGUUACGACGAAGAGACUGGCGAAGGCUCUCGCGGUUGGUACGGGUACAUCUUCAAGAACUCGCAUCUGGCCUUUGAUAGCGAACAGUUUGCUGUUUUCAGAGCGUUAUGGAAGUGGAGAGACAACACAGCGAGGAAGGAAGACGAGAGCACCAACUAUGUUCUCAGCACUAGAGAUAUUGCGGAAAUCGCCCGAAUCAACCCACCUGAUGCAAAAGCUCUUCAUAGCUUAUUGCCUUUGAAUGCAUCCCUAGCACGACCCCGGUUCAACGAGAUCUGGGGACAGGUCAAAGAGACCAAGGCUAAGGGCGGCCCCAGCUUACUUCAUUUCUUCACUUCAAUGGCACCAGACAGUGUAGGAAAAUAUGGCAUUCCUGUGGCAGCCAGGAAGACGACAAAGUUACCAGACCUUGAUGGAGAGGUCACGGUCAGUAGGCUGACCCGGUCGCAGUUAUUUGGCGAUAUGCCAAUCAGUUCUCAGUGGGAUCUUCCGACGCGGCCGGCCCAAACCGAUGAGGAUCUCAUCCCUUUUCCUUGGCAGAAGUUCGUACAACAAAGCUCGAUUGAGGGAGACGUUCAACACGAUACAGCCACCGAAUCGGUCGUCGUUCCUGAACAGCCCAAGGAUGUGGCCAAUGCAGCUGAUAAUGCUGAAGUUGAGGAGGAUGAUGCGGAGUUCACGUUGAAGAAGGGUCAGAAGCGAAAGUCUCAGGCGUUGGAAGAGUCUGACUCAAGUGAGGAAGAUCCAGAAUCAGACAGUGAUGAGGAGAUGCAGGAAAACAACGGUGUUUUGGCCAUCGAGGACGAGACCGAUCGAGCAGCGUCGAGGAAUGCUCGCCGUAAGCAGCGCAAGGCGGAAGAGAAAAAGGCUGAGCAGGAGCGACUUGAACGACAAGAAGCCAAGAAAGCUCGAAAAGCUCAGAAGAAACAGAAGAAGCAAGAUGACCAGGAGAAGGUCAAGAAGUUUGACGCAGUACCAUUCGACUACAGCAAAGCUGCGUCAGUGCUAAACCCGACCAAGGAACAGAAGAGUGCUGCGGACGCGAAGCCAAAGAAGAAGUUCUUUGAUCCCUACUCCAAGGCUUCAGAUACGAAUGUCAAGGGAGCGCGCAAGGCACCUCCGGUCAAGGGAGAGCGAAGUGCAACAUUUAAGAAAUGA